AUGUCAGCACUCCAGCAAUCAGCUGUCGCGCCUAAAACGAGGGUGAGCCUCCACUAUAACCUGCAAGCCGGCGGGGCACUGUCGCACCCUGGAGGGGGCUUUCAGGUGGGGGUACCGGUACAGUACAUGCUCCGAGCUCGUCCCAGGCGGCUUGCGCUGGGGCGUCGGCCUCCACGUUGUCGCAAACCGCGCCCGCUGCCUGCUGCCCGCUGCCCGCUGCCCGCUGCCCGCUUCCCUCCGACGAUCAGUAAACGCCCCCGUAGUCGCAUUUGUCGUGCCAGCUCGAAUCCUGACUCCUCUGUCCUCGAGCUACCCCGAGAGCAUUCGCCCGGGACCACUCCCGCACCCGCCAUGUACCACCUCGCCAAGGGCAUCUACCGCUAUGCGACCAGCAAGGAGGAAUACUCGGUCAUCCUCCUCGGCCUCGACAACGCCGGCAAGACCACCUUUCACGAGCAGGUCAAAUCCAUGUUCAUCCCCAAUGCUCCCGAGCCCAAGCUCAAGACGGUGCCCACCGUCGGCCAGAACGUCUCGACCAUCCCGCUGGCCGACAUGUAUCUGAAGCUGUGGGACGUCGGUGGCCAGCACUCCCUGCGCAAUCUGUGGCAGAGCUACUACGCCAGCUGCCACGCCAUCGUCUUCAUCAUCGACAGCACCGAUAUUGGCGACGGAAACCUCGAAGACGGCGACAACGACGACCGCCUCGAGGAAUGUCGCCUCGUCCUCGAGGAUGUCCUGCAACACUCCGAGACCGAGGGCGUGCCCCUGCUGAUCCUCGCAAACAAGCAGGACCGGGAAGACUGCGUCGAGACCAUCAGGAUCAAGGAAGGGCUGGUAAAGAAGGUGAUGGAGGGCGACAAGGCCUUGAGCAUCCGCGACUCGCGAGUCCUGUCCAUGAGCGCCCUCACGGGCGAAGGCGUCAAGGAAGCUAUCGACUGGGUGCGCACGCGAGUACAGUGGAAUAAAGAGUCACGACCGCCUGUCAUGCGAUAG